UCCGAUUCUGCCCUCUCUCUCUCUCUCUCUCACUGUCGCUGGCGGCACCGCCUAGGGUUCCAUGGCGCCGAUCGGGAAGACGAAGCUGCACUCCGGGUGGCUCGGCACCCGCGACCGUGACGUCACCGCCACCGGUGUCCAGCUCACCACCACUCACCCUCCCUCCCUCGGCUCCGCCUCCCCUUGGGUUGAGGCCGCCGUUCCCGGAACUGUUUAUGCAACCUUGGUGAAGAGCAAGGAACUACGCGAUCCGUUCUACGGCUUGGAAAAUGAGAAUGUCAUAGACAUUGCUGAUUCAGGGAGGCAGUGGUACACAUUCCGGUACUUCACAACCUUCCAGUGUAAGCUGGGAGGUAAUCAGCACAUGGAUCUGAAUUUCCGCGGAAUCAAUUACUACGGAGAAGUAUAUUUAAAUGGGCACAAAAAGGAACUCCCAAGAGGGAUGUUUCGAAGGCAUUCUCUAGAUGUCACUGAUAUAGUACGGGAUGGGAACAAUUUGCUUGCUGUUGUUGUUUACCCCCCAGAUCAUCCUGGGAGUAUUCCUCCUGAAGGUGGGCAAGGUGGUGAUCAUGAGAUUGGGAAAGAUGUAACUACACAAUACGUCCAGGGGUGGGAUUGGAUGUGUCCUAUAAGGGAUAGAAACACUGGCAUAUGGGAUGAAGUUUCAAUUUAUGUUACAGGGCCUGUGAAAAUAAUAGAUCCCCACUUGGUUUCAACAUUUUAUGACAAUUACAAGAGGGCAUAUUUGCAUGCAACAACUGAGCUGGAAAAUAGAAGUACCUCGGUUGCCGAGUGUUCCUUAAACAUCCAAGUUACAACAGAACUUGAAGGAAACAUGUGUUUAGUCGAGCAUCUUCAGACUCAGCAUCUGUCAGUCCCUGCUGGAUCACGGGUGCAAUAUACAUUUCCUGAGCUCUUUUUCUACAAGCCAAACUUAUGGUGGCCAAAUGGUAUGGGAAAGCAAGCCUUGUACAAUGUUGUUAUUACUGUUGAGGUAAAGGGAUAUGGAGAGUCUGAUUCGUACAGCCAAUUAUUUGGAUUCCGCAAAAUUGAGAGCCAUAUUGAUAGUGCUACCGGUGGAAGGUUGUUCAAGGUUAAUGGUCAACCUAUAUUUAUUCGUGGUGGUAAUUGGAUAUUGUCAGAUGGCCUCCUACGACUUUCAGAAAAGCGUUACAAAACAGACAUCAAGUUUCAUGCAGAUAUGAAUUUUAAUAUGAUCCGCUGUUGGGGUGGUGGACUGGCUGAGAGGCCAGAGUUCUAUCACUACUGUGAUAUUUAUGGCCUGUUGGUCUGGCAAGAGUUUUGGAUUACUGGAGAUGUUGAUGGACGAGGUGUCCCAGUAUCAAAUCCAAACGGUCCUUUGGACCAUGAUCUUUUCUUGCUAUGUGCUAGAGAUACUGUCAAGCUUCUAAGGAACCAUCCGAGUCUUGCUCUUUGGGUGGGAGGAAAUGAACAAGUUCCGCCAGCAGACAUCAACAAGGCUUUGAAGCAGGAUCUCGGGCUCCAUCCACAUUUUGAAAGUUCAAUAAAUGGGAGUGGUCAGUCUGUUGCAAAUUUGAAGUCAAAUGAUCCAAGCCAAUAUCUUGACGGUACACGCAUUUACAUACAAGGAUCCAUGUGGGAUGGGUUUGCAAAUGGAAAGGGGGACUUCACUGAUGGCCCUUAUGAAAUCCAAAAUCCAGAAGACUUCUUUAAGGAUGAUUUUUACAAAUAUGGGUUCAAUCCUGAGGUUGGUUCGGUAGGCAUGCCUGUUGCAGCUACCAUCAGAGCGACAAUGCCUCCAGAAGGAUGGCAGAUCCCUUUGUUUAAAAAAGCUUCUAAUGAUUAUGAAGAAGCUCCAAAUCCUAUCUGGGAAUACCAUAAAUACAUACCUUAUUCAAAACCAGGCAAGGUUCGUGACCAGAUUUUACUCUAUGGGAUCCCAAAGGAUCUUGAUGACUUUUGCUUACAGGCUCAGCUUGCGAACUACAUUCAGUAUAGAGCUCUACUGGAGGGUUGGACUUCUCGUAUGUGGAGUAAAUACACUGGUGUUUUGAUUUGGAAAACUCAGAAUCCUUGGACAGGUCUUAGAGGUCAAUUUUAUGAUCAUCUUCUUGACCAGACGGCAGGUUUCUAUGGCUGUCGCUGUGCUGCAGAACCAAUACACGUCCAACUUAACUUGGCUACUUAUUUUAUAGAGGUUGUAAAUACUACAUCAGAGGAAUUAUCGGACAUUGCUAUAGAAGCAUCAGUGUGGGAUCUGGAUGGAGCAUGCCCAUACUAUAAAGUUCAUGAAAAUCUGUCAAUGCCGCCAAAACUAACAGUGCCCAUUGCUGAGAUGAAAUAUCCAAAAUCUAGAAACCCAAAGCCCGUGUACUUUCUUCUUCUCAAACUGUAUCACAAGUCAAAUUUUUGCAUUAUCUCCAGGAACUUUUACUGGUUGCAUCCUUCUGGUGGGGAUUACAAGCAGUUAGAAGCAUACCGAAAGAAAAGAGUUCCACUCAAGUUUAUAUCCGAGGUCUUCAUCAAAGGAUCCACUUAUGAAAUGCACAUCAAUGUGAAGAACACAUCCGCGAAACCACAGCCUAAAACUUUGACCUAUCAGAACCAUUUCACCCCCAAACUUGGUGAUGGUGAUUUUGAUAUCCACUCGGUGGAGCCUAAACCUGCUGGAGCAGACGAAAAACAUGAAGCUGGUUUCCUACAGAAGAUAUACAGACAUUUUACAAAGGACUCUGAUGGUUUGAGGGUUGCCGAAAUCAACGGCUCUGAUGUUGGUGUUGCAUUCUUCCUUCAUUUUUCUGUACAUGGAAUAAAGAAGGACCAUAAGGAAGGAGAAGACACAAGAAUUCUUCCUGUUCAUUACACAGACAACUACUUCUCGCUGGUGCCAGGCGAGUCUAUGCCCGUCAAGAUCACUUUUGAGGUCCCUCCUGGUGUGACCCCCCGAGUUACUCUUCAAGGAUGGAAUUAUCAUGGUGCUCAGAGAGUCCAUUGAGGUGGUUAGAAAUUCUCAUAUAGUCUUUGCUGCUUGUAAUACUUGAACUAUACACAAGUUAUCAUCAGUCGUGUUUUUAAUAGCAUGAACUUGAAUAUAUUAUACAACCUCUUCUGUCCUAUGAAUGGUCGGAAUAAAAUCCAGAAAUAAAUUGAAAAUUAUCUUGCA